ACUUGCGCUGUGCAGCGUCCGACCCUGGCGGUGUUCACGUGAUUGCUGACCACUGCGGCAGGGACGUACCGGCUGACCGGGCUGCGUAUAGUGGAACCGCCGAGAGAGGAGUAGGGCUGCCCAUAAGAAACAGGCAGAAAGGCCUACUAAACUCACGGGAGGAGGAGAAUAGCACGGACGGAGCAGUGCGUGGCGGUUGCGGUGGUGCAGCGGCUCGACCGUGAAGUGGAGGGGGAAGCCGGGGGGAAGCGCUCGCCGCCGCCACCGCUGCCGGGGAGGGGGAGGUAGUCGGCCGGUCGUCUCCAGGCUGGCAGGGGCAAGACGCGCUGUCCGAGGGUGCCGUGUUGAGUCGCUGUCGCUUUGUGAGUCCCAAACGCGAGCCUGAGGAAGCUUGUUCCAGCAGUGGACACGCGUCAUGGACACGCUCCAGGAUGAAAUGCUGCACUGCAUCCUGUCCCGCGUUCCGGCGAGUGACCUGCUAGCGCUGCGCCUGGUGUGCCGGCGCUGGAGCCGGGUCAUCUUGGCGAGGCCUGUGUGGCAGGGCCGCCACCUCAUCGCCCGGAACUACGCGUACCAGGGCAUGCCGCCGGACUGGAUCAACACCGGGCUGCUCUGCGCGAUAGUCCGCCUCGUCCCGGCGCUGCGAAGGCUGUCCCUCAUAGUGCAGCCGGGCUCCCUGGCCGGGUUGCCUGCCGCCCGAGCUUUGGCCCGGGGAACCUGCCAGGUUCAAUCGCUGGAGCUGUCUGUGCAGUUGCUGUCAAAACGAGGGUCUUCCCUGAACCACGGAGCCAUGGCUGCAUUGCGCAGGAUGCUGCAGGGGUUGUGUCUUGUAGAGCUCAAGCUAGACAUCUACGUCUCCGACGAAGCAAACCACACCUACGCGGCUCAACGCGUCGUUUCGAAAAAAAUGAGGCAGAUCUUGGGCUGGGUUAGCAUGCUGCCAGUGGCCAAGCUGAAGUUCUCGUUCAACUGCGGGCGCUCCCAAAGGUCCCAGUACUGGAACAACCACUCCCAUGACGACUGCGUCAGUGGCGAGCUGACGGGGCUGACAGCAUUGCGAGAGCUGCACAUUGUCAACUGCUUCUGCUGCGGUGCGGGCUUGAGCUCCACGCGCAGCCUCCUUGCGCGGAACACUCUGCAGAGUCUGCGUGCCGACGGAGACAUUAGUCCAGUGUUGAGUGAUCUGCCAAGAAACCUCAGGGAGCUGCACAUCCCCACUACCAGGGACUGGGGAUUUCUUCGUCAGUGUGAGAACUUGGACGUUCUUACCGUGUUUGCACGAGGGCACAGUGAUGACAGCCUGGACAGCUUGGGCCGGCUGCUGAGCCUGCAGGGACUCCCGCGGGAGGUGCGAGUCGUCGUGAGCGGCUGCGGCGUCGCCAAACUGUUGGUGCGCGCGACCUUCCUGGGGCAAGUGCGGCUCCUGGAGCUGGAGCACUGCCACUACGAGAACCACGCGCACUGGAUCCAGCUGCUGCAGAGGCUGGUCGCGGUGACGGACCUCCGGCUGGGCCCAACGUUCGAGCCGCUGCUGCCCGCCGCGCUGUUCUGGUGGCCCGAGGACGCGGUCCCGAGGCUGGCGUCGCUGACCAUCCCCUGCGGGACAUGGCGGCACUGGCAGCAUGACGUCAGCCACGUCCGGGCGGUCGUGGGCCGCCUCAAGACAAGCCGGCCGCGGUUGGUGCUCAAGACCUACAAUUAGUGAAAAACUCCAGCGACUCCGAGUGCAGGCGGCGUGGAGCGCGAUCGUUUCGUCUUAGCGUGUUGACACCAUGGGACUUAAUUUGUAUGUAACCAUGUUUUAGAAAGAUUUGUGUGUUUUGUUUUUAUGCUUGUUUGUGAGCCUUGUUAGACUAUCGUGUUCUGUUGAUUAAAAAAAGAACGAGACAACACGAAUCAAAAGAAGCA